GCGGGAUUUACGGAGAGCAGAGGAAACCAACCAUCGAUGUUGGGGAGAGCUUUCUGCGCGGCCUGUCGGAUUGUUUCAUGGUAAAGAACAGAAAACGCCUCCCACGUGGGCGCGCUGGCGGCACCUUUACCUGUCUGGUGAGAAGGCUUGAUAAGGCUCUUGACAUUUGUAAAACAUCCACUUUGUCUAAUGACAAAAGUUUUGCACUACAGCUAGUUUGACCAGGAAGAAGAUAAGUAGGUGGUCAAAAGGAAACAAGGAAGUUCUCUGACAUGGCAUACUCCGCCUACAGCAACUUGAGCAGGGCACAGCUUACCUUUGAGUACCUGCACACAAAUUCGACAACUCAUGAGUUCUUAUUUGGAGCCUUGGCAGAGCUUGUGGACAAUUCAAGGGAUGCCAAUGCCACAAGAAUCGACAUCUACACUGAAAAAAGACCAGAGCUGCGUGGUGGUUUUAUGCUCUGUUUUUUGGAUGAUGGUAUUGGGAUGGAUCCCAGUGAGGCAACCCAUGUGAUUCAGUUUGGAAAGUCAAACAAACGGUCUCCUGAGUCCACCCAGAUUGGCCAAUACGGCAAUGGAUUAAAAUCUGGCUCAAUGCGAAUCGGGAAAGACUUCAUCUUGUUCACAAAAAAGGAUACCACACUGACUUGCCUUUUCCUAUCAAGGACUUUUCAUGAAGAGGAGGGACUUGAUGAGGUGAUUGUACCUCUUCCCUCCUGGGAUCUGAAGACUAGAGAGCCACUGACUUUUGAUCCGGAGAAGUAUGCAAUUGAGACUGAGCUAAUCUUCAAAUACUCACCUUUCAAAAAUGAACAGCAGCUGAUGGAGCAGUUCAACAAAAUAGAGGGCAGCAGUGGCACACUUGUGAUCGUCUAUAAUCUAAAGCUGAUGGACAAUGGAGAGCCAGAGCUUGAUGUAGACACGGAUCACCAGGAUAUACUGAUGGCUGGGACACUUGUUGAGGGAGUUAAGCCAGAGAAGAGGUCAUUCAGGGCAUAUACCGCUGUUUUGUACAUUGACCCACGCAUGAGGAUUUUUAUCCAAGGACAUAAAGUCAGGACUAAGAGACUCUCCUGCUGUCUUUACAAACCAAGGGUAUAUAAAUAUACAUCAACUCGUUUCAAAACACGUGCUGAACAAGAAGUGAAAAAGGCAGAUCACCUUGCAAAGAUUGCGGAAGAGAAGGCGAAAGAGGCAGAGAGCAAACGUGUAGCAUUGGAGGCCAGAUUAAGCAGUGAUCUCUCAAAAGAUUCACGGGCUGUUUUGCGAAAAGUUCAGGAUUCAGCCAUGAUGCUGCGAAGGGAAGCUGACAUGAGAAAAAGGAGUCUUGAAGCCAAACAGAAAGCAUUAAAAGAACCCAAGGACUUGAAUUUUAUAUUUGGGGUAAAUAUUGAACAGAGAGACUUGGACGGGAUGUUUGUGUACAAUUGCUCUCGGCUCAUCAAGAUGUAUGAGAAGACUGGGCCCCAGCUGGAGGGAGGCAUGGCGUGUGGUGGCGUGGUUGGAGUUGUAGAUGUCCCAUAUUUGGUUCUAGAGCCUACUCACAACAAACAAGACUUUGCAGAUGCAAAGGAGUAUCGACACUUACUGAAAUCCAUGGGGGAGCAUUUAGCUCAGUACUGGAAGGACACCAACAUUGCCCAGAAAGGCAUAGUGAAGUUCUGGGAUGAGUUUGGAUACCUGUCAGCCAGUUGGUCUGCACCGCCAUCAUCAGAAUUGAGAUACAAGAGGCGUCGUGCAAUGGAAAUGCCACUCACCAUUCAGUGUGAUAAAUGUUUGAAGUGGAGAACUCUGCCUUUCCAAAUGGAUGCAGUGGAUAAACGCUACCCAGAUAGUUGGGUGUGUCUCAUGAACCCUGACAGCCACCAGGACAGGUGCGAUGCUCCGGAACAGAAACAGAAUUUGCCAUGUGGCGUUUUGAGGAAAGACAAAGUAACAGCUGAAGACAAACAGAAGGAGCUAGCAGAGAAAAUCAAACAGCAGCAGGAGAAACUAGAUGCCUUGCAGAAAACCAGCACAAUUAAAUCUUCAGCAGAUAUCAAAAAGCUACCCUUGGAGGUCAGCAUGAAGCCAACAGAAAGCUCCUCUCAGAGAACUAGGUCUUCUGAAAGGUCUGUAACCCGCCCACGGUCCCCCCCACUCCCAGCUCACCUCAAAAAUGCCCCGAGUGCUCCCCCAACACGUACCGCUUCUCAGCGUUCCAGCCGAGCACCUGCGCCCCCUCCUGCACCACCUAAAGUUGAAGCAUCCAGGUCCAGAGCUGCGGCAAAGCCUCCCCCACCUGCAGUAAAGCCUGCACCAAAAACUACUGCCAAAACACCUCCACACAGCCGCAGCUCACGAAGCUCUACCAAAGCAUCCUCAGUGAAACCAGCAGCAACUGGAAAGCGUAAGAGAAUAAUUGUGCAGGACAGUGGGGAUGAAGAAGAUGAUGAGGAGGAGGAGGAAGAAGACGAGGAGGAAGAGGAGGAGGAGGAGGAAGAGGAGGAGGAGGAGAAGAAAGACAGUGAAGAUGAGUCUGAAGAAGAGCCACAGGCAAAGAAAUCCAAAAUGGCCACAUCUGCCAGUAAUCAUGGUAAAGUGGUAGAGAAGUCUCUGAUCCCCAAACGUGGCAAGUUGGACGAGGUUAAAUCACAUUCUCAGCCAGAAAAGAAACGGGUAUCUUCUCCUGCACGGCUGCAACCAAUCACACCAAACUCUGUUAGUGUGGUCAAAUCCAAUUCGACGCAAAAGCCAAGUGCUAAAGAAAAGGUGGCACCUGAGAAAACUCCACAGAAGGAACUGGAGAUUGAUAAUAAAAAUGCUCAGAGAGAUAAGGGUCUGCUGGUGGAAGUACGUGUCAAUAAGGAGUGGUACACUGGAAAAGUUGUUGCCGUGGAGGCAAAUAAACAGAAUGUUCGCUGGAAAGUAAAGUUUGACUACGUACCGCGAUCUACGCCCAAAGACCGGUGGGUGUUUAAAGGUAGUGAUGACGUUAGGUUGAUGCGGCCACCAUCCCCAAUUUCUCAGACGCCUGAUACCCAGCAGGAAAGUGAGAGGGGUCCGGCACCCAUGGAGCCAGACACUACUCAACCUGGAACCAGUCGAGAGGUGACUGACAGCCUGACCACCAUGUUGAGAACAAUGCUGCGUUAUUUUUUCCCUCCUGCAUUUCGAAUUCCAAAGGAUGAUGUUAAUGGAAUGACAGCUGAAGAUUUGAUGGCCUUUCCUUUGAAAGAGUAUUUCCAGGCGUAUGAAUCGGGUCUCCAGUCACUGUGCAAUUCGUACCAGAACAGAGCUGAUGCCAGGGCUAGGGCCGUGGAAGAGAAAAACACCAGCACUGAGGUCAAACUGAAGGAGGCAGAUGAGAAACUACAGAAACUCCGAACAAAUAUUGUAGCACUUCUGCAGAAAGUACAAGAGGACAUCGAUAUAAACACAGAUGAUGAACUUGAUGCCUACAUAGAAGACCUCCUCACUAAGGGUGAUUAAAGACUAGCCAGAAGCAAAACAGAAGAGAAAAUUGACAUAACUUGUAGUUUUCAGUAAAGCUUUUACUCCAAGGACUUUUUGCUUGUUGGCUGUGAAUAUUUGGAUUGUUUUCAUUUCUUAAUCACACCACUUGUUAAAUCUUUUUUUUUUUUUUUUCAUACAUUGUUGGUUAGCCUCUGCUUUUUUUUCUUCCCCCUUUCAGUCCUUUUUUAUAUACCUGCUUGUAAACUAAACAUUUAUCUGUUAAAAACCUGGUAUUCCAGUUGAAUUUUGUGAAGGUUUAAUGUAUACCCUUUUAUGUAGCCAGUUUGAGUCAAGUUAACAUUGGUUUUAUCUUUUAAUUCUCAAUCAUUUGAGUAUUGCACAGUGAGUGGCAACACAAGAGUCUCAAUACUUGGGAUUAACGGUUUGUGCUCUUUAAAGUAUAACUUUUUUACUAGAAAAUGGGAAAAAGUGUUGCCCUUAUUCUUUCUCCAUCCUGGUCAGUGAACCAAGUUAAUUUUACUGCUAUGUGAGAUGCUACAUCCACAAAGACUCCUUACUGGGUUUUAUCAGUAUGAAUAUUCCUUCAUAUCCUCUCUACAAGUAAGCUAUGACUGUCCUGUGUUUAUGAUAAAAAAAAAAAAAAAAUCUUAUGUGCAAACUUGUAUGUUCAGAAGUAUUCAGUGCCUGUAUUUCUUUUGAAAAUAUUUUUAACAUACCAUGAAAAUGUUUUAUUGAACACUGCAUGCUCUCAGUCUUGUUCUGAGUGGAACAAGUGGUUCUGUAUUUUUGACAAAUCUGUACUCGAAACAAUAAACCAGGCUCAG